GAUCUCAGUUAUUCUGGGCUUUGUUUUUGUUUUCUUUUUUUUUUUUUGGCUCGGGGAAACAAUUUCCACAAUGCACAAGCUAUACAUUGGGAAUCUAGGCGAAAGCGUGACUGCCGAGGACUUAGGAAAAACCUUUGACGAACACAAGAUCCCAUACACCGGACAGUUUCUAAUGAAAACCGGCUACGCGUUUGUGGAUUGUCCGGACGACCACUGGGCCAUGAAGGCUAUUGAGACAUUUUCCGGUAAAGUGGAACUUCAUGGGAAGCGUAUUGAGGUCGAGCACUCCGUCCCCAAGAAGCAAAGGACUAGGAAACUGCAGAUCAGAAAUAUUCCACCUCACCUACAGUGGGAGGUGCUGGAUGGACUCUUGGCCCAGUGUGGAACUGUAGAAAACUGUGAACAAGUCAACACAGACAGUGAGACUGCAGUGGUUAAUGUUACCUAUGCAACCCGGGAGCAUGCCAGGCAAGCCAUCCAGAAGCUGAAUGGAUACCAAUUUGAGAAUAAUGCCCUGCGCGUCUCCUACAUCCCCGACGAAACCUCUGAACUGGAGGGAGGCCAGCGGGGGCCCGAUAACGGCCGGCGCCCUGGCUAUGGACCCCGCGGUGGGCCCCGCGGUGGGUCCCCGAGUUCUGGGAUGCCCUCCAAACCUCCACAUGCUGACAUCCCUCUGAGACUGCUGGUGCCCACGCAGUAUGUCGGAGCAAUCAUUGGCAAGGAGGGAGCCACCAUUCGAAACAUCACCAAGCAGACACAGAGCAAGAUUGACGUACACCGCAAGGAGAACGCAGGUGCCGCCGAGAAGCCCAUCAGCAUCCACUCGACCCCCGAGGGCUGCUCAGCCGCCUGUCGCAUGAUCCUGGACAUCAUGCACCAGGAGGCCAAAGACACUAAGACUGCUGAUGAGGUCCCUCUGAAGAUUAUGGCUCACAACAACUUUGUUGGCCGCCUGAUUGGGAAAGAGGGACGCAACCUGAAAAAAAUUGAGCAGGACACGGACACCAAGAUCACCAUUUCACCUCUGCAGGACCUGACACUGUAUAAUCCAGAGAGAACCAUCACAGUCAAAGGCUCCAUUGAAGCCUGCUGUCAGGCUGAGGUGGAGAUCAUGAAGAAGGUCAGAGAGGCUUACGAGAACGACAUCGCAGCUAUGAAUCAACAGACACACCUGAUCCCUGGACUUAACCUGGGUGCUCUGGGCCUCUUCCCCUCUUCCUCCAAUAUGCCCCCACCCCCGCCUGGCAAUGCAGUUGGUGGCACCCCUUACGGCUGCUUUGGGGCUCCAGAGCAGGAGACAGUCCAUGUAUACAUCCCAGCACAGGCAGUGGGAGCCAUCAUUGGAAAGAAAGGACAGCACAUCAAACAGCUGAGCCGCUUUGCUGGGGCCUCCAUCAAGAUCGCACCAGCUGAAUCUCCAGACUCCAAAAUGAGGAUGGUGAUUGUGACAGGACCCCCCGAGGCUCAAUUCAAGGCUCAGGGCAGAAUCUACGGCAAGCUGAAGGAAGAGAACUUCUUUGGGCCAAAGGAAGAAGUCAAACUUGAGACUCAUAUCAAGAUGGCAGCUGCUGCUGCGGGAAGAGUCAUCGGCAAGGGAGGCAAGACGGUGAACGAGCUGCAAAACCUGACAGCAGCUGAGGUGGUGGUCCCCAGAGAGCAAACGCCUGAUGAAAACGACCAGGUCAUCGUCAAGAUCAACGGACAUUUCUACGCUAGCCAGCUGGCCCAGAGGAAGAUCCGAGACAUUCUGACCCAGGUCAAACAGACGCAGAAAGGAGGAGCUGGCAUGAGCCCUGGCCCUCACUCUCCGGGCUUUACAGAGAUGGGCAGACCAACACAGGGACUGACUCAGGACCACCAGCCACGCAGGAAGUGAGGGGCCUCGCACCCUCCUCACACACCGUGGGCCCCCACCUGACGGAUGGACAGACAGACAAAUGCGCGAAUGGAUAGACGGACGGAUACAAGAGAGCGACACACGGACCCAGCGAUAGACAGGGAGAGAUAUAAAGAGGGAGAGAGUACGCCCAAUAAUCACAGAGAUAGAUAAAGAACAAAGAUGAAUAAAAUAAGAAGAUGAAAUGACUAAAAAAGAAAAAGAGGAUUAAGAUUAAAAAGAAACAGAACAGAGACCAGAUGCCAGGCCAGAAGAGAAACUGAGUGAGGAUGGGGGGAUGAAGGUAAGGAGGAACAGAGAGAGGGAGGUAUGGUGUCCUCCUAGUGUGCCUUGGUACGGCUGCAGCCAGCUCCUCAUCUGCUGUAACUUUAAUUGAUCUCACCCAGAUAAGCCUAAACAACGUGGCUCACUUAAUUUUCCAUGUAUGGAUGGAGCAGUGUUACACCUGUCCACAUGGGCUCAGAUCUACUGCAGAAAGGAUGAAUCCGUGUUUCCCAGACACACUAGCAGGUGCCCUCUUGUCCUAUCACCUCCAAGAGACCUCUCCAACCAUCUGCAGUCAGUCGUAUAUUUUGAAGGUGGUUUUUUUUUUACAUAGAGAUAUAUGUAUAGAAAUGUUUUAUUCAGAGCUAUUAUUAAUAGAAUGCAGUGAGGCGGAGCUGGGAGAAGGAACGGGGAAACUGCUGCAGUGGCACAGGAUGAUGGGUCAAGGGUUUGGCGCUGGCCUCACCCACCUCUAACCUACGAGCCAAAUGAGUUUAGAAGAGGGGCCGCAGAUGUUAACACUGCUCUUUUAAAACCUUUCAGGA